CUUGAAGCUUCGAAUUUAGAGGAAGCCGCAGAGAGCAGAAACCACAGAGGGGAUUCUUGCUCAGUGAGCAGAAGACUCAGUAAAGAUUCUUGCUCAGCGGAGAAAGGUAUAGAAGAGGCUGCUGUUGAAGAGAGCGACACGGCUAAAGGCUGUGCACAAAGCUUCGGUAGUUGUAGUACAGAUGAAGUUGCAACCUAUCUGCAACAACGAAAUGCGAAGGAGCCUAUAAGAACAGACUCGCCCCCGUACUCGAAGAAGUCAUGUCAAGCAUCAAGCACUAGCCACCAAACUAUCUGCGUUCUCUUGCGAUCUUUACACUCACUAGAAUGGCACAGCUUGGCUUGUCGGUUAGCAGGCUCCGCGGGUGUCCUUGAUAUGGCGCGAAGUGGGGACCUCCGAUCCUUAGAAACGUGCGCAACAGUAUUUGCUGCCGCUUUUUCCGCGGAAGGACGAAAAAAUCUUGUAGCAAGAGAUAAUGUGGCAGAAUUUGCGAAGGCCCUGAGAGGCUCAGUUGGACAAUGUUGGGACCAGCGUUUCGAGUCAACAGAAAUGCUCACUGAGGAUUUUCUUUCCCAGGCGUCGUUUUUACUACGAGCGCUGGUCGAAAUUCGGAAGGCGAUAAGUGGAGCGGAAAAUGAUGGUAAAAGUUUCGUCAAGAUGAAGGAUAAAGAAUCGCUACAAGAGGCACAGCGUCCUUCGUCGACCACGAAGUCCUUCGACGAUCUUUCUCUGCUCUGCACCAGUCUGCGAUCCUUUCUACUUGAUCGUGUAUCUAUUCGUCGCUUUGCCUCCACUUGUCCCGAAACUGGUUACGUUACGUACCAGAAGAAAACGCAACAGUGGCUGGCGGCCUUGCAGACUUCUUGUAAUAUACUGAGAGAGCCAUCCCGAGAACUGCUAAUCCAACUUGCGGGUGUUGGCAAAAUGCGAAAGAAGUUGUUGCUGGCAAGUUUAGAGGGACUGGCUGACUUGGAAGAUUUGGCGUACGCGUUUGAUAGAAGCUGGAAACAAGAUUUUAGUGAACUGUCGAAUGUAGUCAAGCCUAACUCAACGAAUACGAACGGAACACGCUCAACGAAUACAAUGAACUCAACAACAUCAGUUGCGCCAUCAUCUUCCAGAAGCAGGACAUCUUCAACGACAGACAAAGACAAAAACUGGCUGAAUAAAUUGUGGCGCGUAUACUCAAAAAAGCUUCGGGGACAAGCAACUCCACCUGGUAGAUCGACAAGAACGACAGCACAAGUUGUACAGCAUAGUUGUACGGACGAAAAAUGGACAACUCGUGAUUAUGUGCAGGCCCUUGAGGUUUCUGGGCGUGGUCUGCAUCAGCCAACAGCGAGUGUGUGGGAGGACGUAUUUUCUCAUCUUUCGAUGGAGGAGUGCGACUUUUGGUUACUGGGAAGAUUCGUGAACGCCCUAGUCGCGUUGGAUGAAGUCGAACGUGCUGAACCACUACUACAUGUUUUGGAAAAUGUCAUGCGUCAGCGUAUUAAGAUGCUGCAAAGUCAACCAGGCAGCAAUAGGAGAUGUCGAAAGAAGAUGCUUCUGCAGGCAUGUCCGCAGCAGAAGCAGAAGCUGCCGAAAACAAAUGCCGAAGAUGUGCGAAUACACGUACAACAAGGGAGUAGUCCUCUUUCUUGCGAAGAGCAGCUCUCGAAAAAGGCAGAGCAGAGUGCCUCUGCUUGGAUCGAAGACGAUCAAUCUACUCCGCAAGGCCUUGCCAAAAGUACAACUAAGCCUAAGGGAAGCAGCACAAAAAACGCAGUACCACUGCGAGAGCAUCCGGAAUUUCUGUGGCGCAGUUUACAAGCAAUAGCCUAUCUUCAUAAUAUUAUUGGAGGGAUAGAUCAAGACCGCGUUGAAAAAAGACCAGUGAAUGGAGGGUCUUCGACUUCGACGCUUCAAGCGGGCGCCAGCCUUUGCCUAACGAACUACAGGACUUCAUUGGAGAAUCUUUUUCUUUCUCAUCUUCACGCCCACGCGCUGUUAAGUGGCAUUGUUCCCGUCACUCUCACUGCAUCACAGCAACGACGAGCAGCGUUCGCUUGUAGUAGUUUUCUUUUGGCACAACGUAGUGACGUCAAGGUAAGAGGAAUGAGGAGAGGACGAGAGGCUUUGUUGAACGGGUUAAGUCUGUCUGUGUUAAGAUGUCUUUGUCGUGACGGUCCGUCUUCCAUCCUAAGUGUAAGUCCUUCAAUAAAUGUGCUAAGGAGUACUAGUAGACACAAAGCAUGUAAAACGGAGAUUGCAGGAGAUGUGCGUAAGUGUCUCUUUCAAAUUUGGCCUUCUCCGCAGAAACGGCUUCAGACAGAAGUAAGACUAAACUUUACUUCAUGUGACUUUGUUUUAGCGACGAUCUGAAUGCGAUUUUUUUCGGAUCCUUAAGAUGAGGACUUUCAACAUGACGCAAGUAGCAAUUUUAUCCAGUAAAUCUAAUUCAAUCUUCCAG